AUAAAGUGCUUCAGUUAGACACCUACAUCUGCUCUGUAUAGUCUUAAAGAUGCAUCUUCAAUACACACUCAUCUUUAUUUUCAUCAAUCUGUAUUGUUUUACUUGCUCACCAUAUUACGCAAAUAAUCUUUCAAAACGUGCAGCAACAUACUGUGGCAAACAAUUAAGCUCGAUGAUGAAUUUGGUAUGUCAUGGAAGGUAUUACGAUCCAAAACACCCAAACAAAAGAAGUACAGAUAACGACCUAAUGAAUAUGGAGAGUGAUUUUAUAAACACCAUUGACUCAGACUACAGCGACAACGAUCUACUUUAUCCUUACCUUUCGAAGGAUUCCGUACUCUCUCUUCUUCCUAACAAAAUUCGAAAAUCAGAUGGAGGAAUUGUCAGAGAAUGUUGCUAUAAUCCUUGUACAGUGGACACCAUGAGAGAAUAUUGUAAUUAA